GUCGCUGAAGCUCCACACUGCGCGUGCGCCGACGCCGGCGCUGUCGCUUAAGAAGCCGCUUGAGGCUGCCGGAGAGGAGUAACUAGGCAAUCCCCCGGAAAUGAGCUCCGUUCUGUCACCAGGACUGAGCCCGGUAGUUCCUCUGCCGCGGAGAGUUUAGGGUGUCUCAGAACAAUGCUAUAAUAAACAUUCUUCUACCUGGACCUUACUGCAAAGGUAUUGAUUGGCCUUUCCAAGACACUUAAGAUACAAGAUAUAUGAUUUGGAGUCCUGGGAGAUUUAAAAGGUGGAUUCAAAAGACCUGUAAUGGCCAAAUACUACAGUGAAGUUCAAAGUUUGCAACAGGAUGAUUCAAUUAUAGAAGGAGUGAGUGAUCAAGUACUUGUGGCAGUGGUGGUCAGUUUUGCUUUGAUUGCUACUCUUCUUUAUGCACUGUUCAGAAAUGUACAGCAGAACAUUCAUCCAGAAAACCAAGAGCUAGUCAGGGUGCUUCGAGAACAGCUUCAAACAGAACAGGAUGUCCCUGCUCCUGUGCGACAGCAGUUCUACACUGAAAUGUACUGUCCAAUCUGCUUACAUCAAGCCUCCUUUCCUGUUGAAACAAACUGUGGACAUCUCUUUUGUGGUUCCUGCAUAAUUGCAUACUGGCGAUACGGGUCCUGGCUUGGUGCAAUCAGUUGCCCUAUCUGUAGACAAACGGUAACUCUACUCCUAACAGUAUUUGGUGAAGAUGAUCAGUCUCAGGAUGUUGUAAGAUUGCGUCAAGAGGUUAAUGACUACAACCGGAGAUUCUCAGGGCAGCCUAGAUCUAUUAUGGAAAGAAUCCUGGACCUCCCCACCUUGCUGAGACAUGCACUCAGGGAAGUGUUUUCAGUUGGGGGUCUCUUCUGGAUGUUCCGCAUUAGGAUAAUGCUUUGUUUAAUGGGAGCCUUUUUCUAUCUAAUAUCACCUCUAGAUUUUGUACCUGAAGCCUUGUUUGGAAUUCUGGGCUUUCUAGAUGAUUUCUUUGUUAUCUUUUUGUUGCUUAUCUACAUCUCUAUUAUGUAUCGAGAAGUGAUAACCCAAAGACUAACUAGAUGAAAAAAAUUAGUUUACUAGAAUAUCUGAGCUUAUAUGUAAAAUCAAACAAAAGGAUCCAUGGCAAUAUCAAUCACCCAAAUAUUAUCUUACAUGCUUAAAACAUUUGGCUAUCAUCUGACAAAUGCCUAGCAAUAUACAACUGGAAUUUUUACAUACCACAGGUUCUCGUGCUAAGAUCAGAUUUAUAGUGAUCUACAGUCUUAUCUCAAUUCUGCGUCAUCUGUAAAAAAGUAUGAAACCAACCAAAAAGGGAUACUUUGUUGUUUUCCUUUUCUCCAAAUUACUUAGCUUAAAUACAUACUCCAAUAUUGCUGAAUGUACAAAUCCUCCUCCUCAUUGGCACCCGUACAAUAAUAGAAAAAUUUGAAACUUAUCUUAAUAUUUUUGUUAAAGUAAAAUAUUGUAUGAUUCUAGGGAAACGUCAUUGUCUCAGUGUUUGCUAAGCUUUGUGGACUUGGAGCAGCUCUGCUUUUUCAUUUUUGUAUAAUUCUUUGUGAUCAACUGAAAAUGAAAGAAACUUGAACCUCAUGAUUGACUACAUUUCAGUCUAUAGAACACAAACCAAUAGGAGAAUUAAUGAAGUGAAAAACAACAUGUAUCUCAAGGAGGCACCUUUGACAUUCAGUUGUGACAAUAAACCAAGAGUUUGGCCUUUUCACAGAAACAAAUACAAAAAUAAGUUGUAGCCAGCUAUGGUGGCUUUAUACUUGUAAUUUCUGCAUUGAGGAAGCUGAGGUACCUCAGUGGGUAAAGGUGCCUGCUGCCAAGCCUGAUGACCUGGUUUUGACCUUGGUCUCACACAGUGGAAGGACAACAGAUUCUGCAAGUUGUCCU